UCUCUGGCUGGCUUCCAUUCCCCCAGGGGACUAUGGCUUCAGGGCAUUGCAAACUGGGGGCCGCACCGGUCCAUCACCACUGUCACCAUCAGCACCAGCAUCAGUUGUUGCUCCAGCAGCCGCUAGGGUCCAAAGCAUCUUGUCCUGAAAAGAUGAAGAGAGAUGUCAACGCAGAGACUUACUGGUCCAGGCCUGAAUGCCAGGUUUGGACUGUGAUGUUAUUGCUGGGGACGUGUCUCCUUUACUGUGCCAGGGUCACCAUGCCCAUCUGUGCUGUAUCUAUGAAUGAAGAUUUUGGCUGGAACAAGAAGCAGUCUGGGAUCCUGCUAAGUAGCUUCUUCUGGGGUUACUGCCUAACUCAGAUCAUGGGAGGCCACCUUGGGGAUCAGAUUGGAGGAGACAAGGUCAUCUUGAUCUCAGCCUCAGCCUGGGGUUUCAUCACGGCUAUCACCCCUUUGCUCUCCCACAUCAGCAGUGCCCACUUGGUCUUUAUGACUUUUUCCCGAAUACUCAUGGGGUUAUUUCAAGGGGUUUAUUUCCCUGCCUUGACGAGCCUAUUGUCUCAGAAAGUCCGAGAGAAUGAACGAGCAUUCACCUAUAGCACCGUGGGUGCUGGUUCCCAGUUUGGGACCCUGGUGAUUGGAGGAGCUGGCUCUCUCCUCUUGGACUGGUAUGGCUGGCAGAGUGUCUUCUACUUUUCUGGGGUGCUCACUUUGAUUUGGGUCUAUUUUAUGUACAGAUACCUGCUGAGGGAAAAAGAACUUGUAAUAUCCUUGGGAAUUUUGGCAAAAGGCUUUUCCAUUUCCAAGCAGAAAAAAAUUCCCUGGAGACAGUUAUUUCGGAGACCUCCUGUGUGGGCAGUCAUAUUCGCUCAACUCUCUUCUGCUAGCUCAUUUUUCAUCCUCCUUUCCUGGCUGCCAACCUUCUUUAAGGAAACUUUUCCCAACUCUAAGGGCUGGGUGUUCAAUGUUGUCCCCUGGCUGAUUGCAAUCCCUACCAGCGUGUUUAGUGGAUUUCUUUCCGAUCACCUCAUCAGUCAGGGUUAUAGAACCAUCACUGUGCGCAAAUUGAUGCAGGUGAUGGGGUUAGGUCUGUCCAGUGUGUUUGCCUUGUUUCUGGGUCACACAAGGAGCUUUUGUAAAUCUAUUAUAUUUGCAUCAGCUUCAAUUGGACUCCAGACUUUUAACCACAGUGGAAUUUCAGUUAACAUUCAGGACCUGGCCCCAUCCUGUGCUGGCUUUUUAUUUGGCGUAGCAAACACAGCUGGAGCCUUGGCAGGUGUUAUUGGGGUAUGCCUGGGAGGAUAUCUGAUUGAAGCCACUGGCUCCUGGACUUCAGUUUUCAAUCUUGUGGCCAUCAUUAGUAAUCUAGGACUCUGCAUGUUCCUGGUAUUUGGAGAAGCCCAGAGGGUGGAUUUCAGCUCUGCUUAUGAAGACCUUUAACUCUCCAGCCUCAUGUUGGAAGCAGACCACUCGGACAACAGAGUUGUAUUCCCAUUUGAUUGUUCGUAGGGGAAAAUUAUGCAGUUUUCUAAGGGAAAAGUUUGGUUUGUUCCACUGACACUGAAAAUCAGAGGCAAAGGAAAAACAUUGUGGGCUUGAGGAAAACGGAGAAGACGCAAAGACCUACUCAGACAUUAGCUUCUACCCGUAGGUCUUCCCUGAUCAUACUAAGAGCUUGCUCUAUGCAAAUUGAUGUGAAAUUAUCUCAGGAUACUUUUGAGACAUGGCCUUGAAUAGUCCAUUGAUCUAUAAGGAGCAUUUAAUUUUGGGGAGGAAUCUCAGGCAUGUGACAGUUUGUGCUUUGGCACUGGAGACUGAUUUCUCCUGUUGCCCCAAAUGCCUUUUCCCUUUGGACAACAGACCUUUCUAGGUUACUGUCUUCAACUCUCCUUCCCCAAGGGCAAUACAUUGGCCUCUCAAAGCCAGGUGUGAAAUCUCCAGGGGCAAGGAUCUCUGGGGACUUUUUUUUAAUGCUCUAGGGCAUGGUUCAGAUCUAGUUGGACCAGCUGUGUUCCAUGCAGUCAAUAGAAAAGUGUCAGCUAUGAGUCCCAUUUGAUCCUGUGGAUUCAAUGCACACACAUGUUCUUGCUCUUUCACUCUCAGCAACUCUGUGUGUGUUCUUACUUCGCAUUCUGAGAAUGCAGGAGACAUUCCAGAUAAGCCAUAGCUAGAUGGCAGCUGGCUAUGGGAUUCCUCUGCAAUAGGGGAUCCAUAGCCCUUUGAGUGCUACCCAACCAGACACCAACUUUUUAGAGUUGUAUAGUUUUUUUCUUUGCAGGGGAAAGCUAACCAGCUCUGGCUCAGAGAAACAAUGUUGUUCAAGGAGUUGCUAUGAGGCCUUGGGAAGGACAUUCCUUAUCUCUGUGCCACAGUUAUCCUAUCUGUAAAAUGGGAAUAGUAACAUCCAUGCUGCCCAUUCCUACCUCAAAAGGUCAUUAUGAGGUUACCAAGAUCAUAGAGGAAGGUAUGCUUUAAGUUCUUUAGAAUAAAGAUGGUUUCAAAUGGUGUGGUUGUUAUUAAUGGGUCUCUUUGUUAAGUAACUAGUAGGCUGGUUAACCUCAGACUGGGGAAAUCAAUGACAUUUUUUCCAGAUGUUCGCUGAGCCUCCUUUGAAGAAAAAGGCAACAUAUUAAUGCCGUAGAAGAAUAAACUAGACAGAAUUUUAU